CAACAUCGUCGCAGAUAAUAUCCUGGUCCUCCAGCGCGCGGUGUCCUGGCCCAAGCCUCGACGUCACCCUGGCUGUCCAUGCUCUGGAGAGCCGGCUGUGGUUGCAGACACCAUCUUUAUCAGUUCAUUCGCGGCCCUUUUCCGAAGUCCUCAUGGGGUAUUCAAUCACUCCAGAUCAUCCCCUGCAUCCGUCAGCCGACGAUCUCAAGAUGGAUAAAUGCUCUCUCUCCAGCCUUGUGCGAGCGACCUCGCGACAGGUGGAAUGGGAACAGCGCGAUGAACGCACCUCAUGCCGUUCCAGAACAUGGCGACACAUAUCAGACACUUUAUUUACCAAGUAUAUCGGACCUCGAUUCUGCCGAACCGAGACGUAUCCCUAUACCACCCGAGUUGCUGGAAGUGAUCGACAGGACCGUGAUUGGGGCCGACCGAGCAAUGCUUCUUCAUCAGCUGGAAGGAUUACCACAGGCACUCGAGAUUCUAGACGGGCUCUACGACAGCCGAAUGGUUGGAGAACUGGCAAGGCAUAUGGUCGAAACCACAUAUCCUCAAAGAGCUCUUCGAGUACUUGUACUAGCAUGCUGCCUGGGCUGCAAUCUAGAACAACAAGUAUUCGAAGACGUGGCUCAAACGCUUGCAAGAGCAAAAUUGUGGAGUCUUGUAUCUCGCCUUGCAUCGCUGUCCAAGACUUUGACCAGUCACACCACUGCGCGUCUUCUGAACUGGCGUACUCGGAGUAUCGUAGAGCUGUCCAAGUUUGCUCUCUUAGACGACGUUCUGAGAGGUUUCGACGAAGAGGGUCUCCGCCCAGAUCGAAGAACGUUCCAUACUCUCAUCUCCGGCCACCUUCGCAACAAAAAUCUUCCUGUGGCCAUGGAGGUCCUCGACCAGAUGCAGGACGCUGGGUUCGAUAUAGACGCUUCAACUCAGGCUGUGGUCGCCGGUGCAUAUCGAAACUUAGGCCCGGAUAUUAUCAUGCAAUCUCAAGCUCUCAAGUCCCUGUCGAGUGCGAAAGGCCACACAGCCACCUUCAUACUGAACGCUCUCAUGCAGCUUUCCAUAGACGCUCACGAUAUCGAAAAGCUUGUAUUCAUCGUCGAUCUCUUCGACCCAGCCAUGUUGAGUGCUCCACCCAUGUGGCGUCCUGGAAUUACCACCGUCCACGACGGAAACCGUUCAAGGCCCCGGAAUGCCCAAUGGAUGUCUAGUUAUGCAUAUUCGGCGGAGACAGUCGCGUCUAUUUAUCCUGAUAUCAUCUCCUUCACCAUUCUCCUCAAUCAUAUGGCCUAUAUGUUUGACCUCCGAUCUGGCCUUCACCUUGUGCAACAACUACAAUCCACGAAUUUACAACCCGAUGGACAUUUCGUAGCCGCUCUUGUUCGCCUUUAUUUUGCGGUCGAUCUUCCAAACGUUGCCCUCCGCAUAGUCGCAUCGACCUGCAAAGGCAGACCGGAGGUAUGCGAUCAUUUUCGUCAAUUAGGUUUCAACGAGGCAGUAGAGGAUAGACAGUAUCCACUAGUCAUAGUGGACUCGCCGACAAUCGAGAUUUUCAACGCUAUGAUGGGCGGCAUUCUGACUGUCCAUGGCCUUGAUGGUAUGAUGGCUAUCUUACAGAUCAUGGAGGCCCACGCAGUCGCUCCUGACAAUCAUUCGAUCGAUACCUUCCUGUCCCAUUUGAACAGGAUGGAUGGCCCAAACCCGUCGGACAUCGCGCGCAUACUCCAUCAUCUUCUAUCCCUCACACCGCAACCUUCGCCCAAGCACGCACAUGCCCUUUUGCGAAUAGCUCUCCGUUACGAACGCAAAAUGUCCGGUCGAGUCCCCAAUCCGCCUUUGCUUAGUAGCAGAGAAAUAAUCCAGACAUUCAAGUCACCUAACAUGCCCGCAUCCCCCACCGACGGAUCAUUUGACCCGGUCGCUGGCAUCCAGCUUCUAUCACAUCGCUCUGUCUUCGACCCUAUAGUCCAAUCACUAGCAUCACGGGCUAUCCGCGCAGACCGUGCCGUGAUCGCGAUGCGACUGCAGCACGAAGCGGUGACGCGAGAAGAUAUGCCGGCUGCGAGAGAUGUUUUUCAAACCAUGUUGGACAGAGGUCUACACCCGAAUGAAUAUCACUACACAGCGCUGAUGCAAGGAUAUGUAAAGGGCGGGGACUUUGCUGCAGCAAGGUCCGUCCUUGAUGCCGCAACCGAAGGCGGCAUCAAGUCCAAUGUUGUCAUGUACACCAUUCUCAUUGCAGGUUACGCGCGCCAACGACAACCUGGCCAGGCUAUGGAUAUAUUACGGGAAAUGGUUUCCAUCGGUAUCAAGCCCGACUGUGCAGUGGUCACUGCCCUUGCCAGUGCUUUCUUCGCUGUUGGAGCAUAUAGGAUUGCACGCACUGUUCUAUUACAGCUGUGGCCUUUUGUGGCGCCUUUCCCUGAAGGACUGCGUGAAGCCCCUCUAAAAAUCCUUAUGGAAAGGCUGCGCGCCCUCCAGCCUCUAUACGCCAAGCGCCAGAGGGUAGGGAUGUUGUCAGGACGAAAGAAGUGGUUACUACGAUGGAAGUUGAGGCAAAUCAGGGAGGAAUGGAAACUAGCAGCCCGACAGGCAGGUGCACGAAAGGGAUACCGAUAA